UAAGAAAAUAAACGAGAGAAGAAGGUUGGUUUUGCAAAUAAAUUUCCAAAACCCUAAACCCCUAUCCCCUGAGCCUAUAUAAACUUAACCAUAAGACCUUGGUCAUUCAUCUCAGUUCAGUUUGCAACUCCAAGCCAACUCUCAUACUGUCAGGUUCUUAGAUCUGAACACAAUGUCGAAUCCAAAGGUUUUCUUUGAUAUCCUGAUUGGAAGGAUGAAGGCAGGUCGCGUUGUAAUGGAGUUGUUUGCUGAUGUUACACCAAAGACUGCUGAGAACUUCCGAGCUCUUUGCACUGGCGAGAAGGGGAUUGGAAUAUCUGGGAAGCCAUUGCACUACAAGGGCUCUAAGUUUCACCGCAUUAUCCCAAAUUUCAUGUGUCAAGGUGGAGAUUUCACAAGGGGUAAUGGAACUGGAGGAGAGUCCAUCUAUGGUGAAAAGUUUACUGAUGAAAACUUCAAGUUGAAGCAUACAGGACCUGGAAUUCUGUCCAUGGCAAAUUCUGGAGCAAACACUAACGGUUCUCAGUUCUUCAUUUGCACAGAGAGAACCUCGUGGCUUGAUGGAAAGCAUGUUGUGUUUGGGAAAGUGGUUGAUGGUUAUAGCGUUGUUCAGAAGAUGGAGAAGGUUGGUUCAGAUUCAGGAACUACAACAGAACCUGUGGUUAUUGAAGAUUGUGGACAGAUAACAGAGAACUGAUGUUUGAACAGCAGUAUAUCACUCUUUAAAUUAGAAUGCUCUUGUAAAGCAAAGUAGAACACAUGUUGAAUUAUCUUGAAUAAUACAUGUAGUUUGGAUCAUCUUGUGAUUUCUACUAUUGGAUGUUGUGUUGUUUACU